UUGGCUACUAAGUGGCUGCCAGGUGCUGGUCUCGGCUCUAGCUCUCCGGCUUCUCGGUCCGCCGGCCCGUGGCGCAUGGGUCGGCGAGGCGGGCCCCCAUGCGCUCGGGCCAUGGCGCGCCUGGGCGCUGUGCGCUCCCACUACUGCGCGCUGCUGCUGGCCGCAGCGCUGGCCGUCUGUGCCUUCUACUACCUCGGCUCGGGCCGGGAGACCUUCUCCAGCGCCACCAAGAGGCUGAAGGAGGCCCGCUCCGGAGCCCCCGCCGCACCCUCGCCGCCCGCGCUGGAGGUGGCGCGGGGCUCAGUGGCGCCGGCCCCCGGCGCCAAGGCCAAGAGCCUGGAGGGCGGCGGGGCCGUGCCGGUGGACUAUCACCUGCUGAUGAUGUUCACCAAGGCGGAACACAAUGCCGCGCUGCAGGCCAAGGCCCGCGUCGCGCUCCGCUCCCUGCUGCGCCUCGCUAAGUUCGAGGCGCACGAGGUGCUUAACCUGCACUUCGUGAGCGAAGAGGCCAGCCGCGAGGUGGCCAAGGCCCUGCUGCGAGAGCUGCUGCCACCCGCCGCCGGCUUCAAGUUCAAGGUCGUCUUCCACGAUGUCGGUGUGCUGACAGACAAGCUCUUCCCAGUGGUGGAAGCCAUGCAGAAGCACUUCAGUGCCGGCUCAGGGACCUACUACAGCGACUCCAUCUUCUUCCUCUCUGUCGCCAUGCAUCAGAUUAUGCCCAAAGAGAUCCUGCGGAUAAUUCAGCUGGACCUCGACCUGAAAUACAAGACCAACAUCCGGGAAUUGUUUGAGGAGUUUGACAGUUUCCUGCCAGGCGCCGUCAUUGGCAUAGCCAGAGAGAUGCAGCCAGUGUACAGGCACACGUUCUGGCAGUUCCGCCAGGAGAACCCCAAGACCCGGGUUGGGAGCCCGCCCCCCGAGGGGCUCCCCGGCUUCAACAGCGGAGUGAUGUUGCUAAACCUGGAGGCUAUGCGCCAGUCCCCCCUCUACAGCAGCCUGCUGGAGCCCGCGCGGGUGCAGCAGCUGGCCGACAAGUACCACUUUCGCGGCCACCUCGGGGACCAGGACUUCUUCACCGUGAUCGGCAUGGAGCACCCUGAGCUCUUCCACGUGCUGGACUGCACCUGGAACCGGCAGCUGUGCACCUGGUGGAGGGACCACGGCUACAGCGAUGUCUUUGAGGCCUACUUCCGGUGCGAGGGCCAUGUCAGGAUCUAUCACGGGAACUGCAACACCCCUAUCCCGGAGGCCUAGGCACGCCCUCGGGGCUUUGGGUCCCAUAGAGACAAAGGGGCGCCUCUGUUACAGGUCCCAGGAUGGCGUCUGACCCUCUGCAGCGAUGUGCUUCAUGGUGACAACUGUGCCUGUCUCACCCCACAGGUCGUUGUCCUGAGGCCACCCACUGGGGCCUGGCCUGCACAUCGCUGGUGCUCAGGACCUUUUCUCUCCAGGGGGCCAGGCAUCAUGAAGGGCAAACACAUCGACAUCUCCCGGUUGGCCUAGGAAGUGGGCAUUUAAAGAGAAGGAAGGAAAUGGCCCUCAGUGUCCUCCGCCACCAGAGCAUGGAAAUGCCUGGCCUUUUGUAGACCAAAUAUAAAUUUAUCUUAAAUUGACAAGCUUCCAUUUUGCAGGAAAGAACAAAACAGUACUGCUGUUGAUUCUGGCGAGCUCUGAACACGGGAGCCAGCGUUUUAACAGCCCGCCCAGAAUUUAAGCAACCAGAUGAAUACCAGCCUUCCGCACGUGCCCCCCGCGAGGCUGUGUGCUUGUUCCCGCCAUGCCCACAUGACCUCUGUAGGUAUAAAGGUCAUCACCUCUGCGGGGAGAGAUCCUUUACGGCCAGCAGUGGCCCUCAUGAGAAAACUGGGCUCAUUAUUUUAGCCUCCAUAGCUUUUCUCUCCUGGCGACAUCACAGAACCUCAUUAUCCCUUAUUCAUCCAAGUGGCUUCAGGUGACCAGACUGUGCUCGGAAAUUAGAUCUGCCAUCAAAGAAUAGAGCUCAGCCACCCCCAGGGACAUGCAAUAGAGUUGUCUGGACAGGAAAGACUCAUUCCAAAGAGGAGCCCAGCAGUGUAUGCGCAUAAACGUGUGGUUUGGAGGGGGUGUCACUCAUAGGCUGAUUCGGUCUCUGUUUAAAAAGUCAUCCUGUGACUUUCUUAUUGUAGCAUAUCAGAUCCUGUACCUUAGAAGGAAUUAGGCUCUUCUCUGAACAAGGCUCCUGGUGGUCCAUUUUGUCUAGUCCAGCGGAGGUCCUCAGUGUGGGGCAGGGGAACUGCUAUUGGAUUUUCAUCUCUUUUUAUUUCAGUUUCAUUUACUUUUUUAAAUUUCUUUUCACCAUGAGUGAGAACAGCUAAUAAAUCAUUUGAGAACACAAUGAUUAUGUGGUUUGUUCUCUGACCACAGUUUACUGCUACCUGAAGGUUCCACAUCAAGAGCGUAAUCAGUGUCAUUCAGAGCCCCCCCCAUCCCCCACCUGACCGGCCCCAUCCACCUGAUUAAGCUAAACCUGAUCACCGUGAGCCUCUGCAGACCAUGGGGGAGCGUGUCCGAGGCGGGAGCAGGGAGGGCACCAGGGUUGUGUCACUCGAGAAUCAUUGCAUUCUGGGUAUAGGCGGGCCCGUCUGCUCCUGGGAGCAUAAACAACGCCUUCCCUUCCCGCCUUCCCCAGCCCGGGCUGCCCAGUUACAUCAUCCCCUGACGAAGCGGAGUGCGGUCCUCUCCUGCCUCUCUGCUCUGACGGAACCCGUCUGUUCCCUUACGUACUCGACUGCCUAUUUAUAGCCACUAGUUAUUGAAUGCCUGCCAUGUGCACCGUCUUGGGGGAUUUAUGUGUGCUCUUGAUAAUGCUCAUGACAACCUCAGGAAGGCAAUUCAAAUCUAAAAUUUAUUGUAAGAAAAUAACAAGAGCUGUGGACAGAGAGUCAUUAUUUAUCACACUGAAUUUUUUUUUGAUAGAGAACAACCAGGAGCAACCAGUGUUGUCUAGGGGAGCAGAUAAAUAAUGUAUGUUACACCCAAGGAAUAAAAUAAUGUGGGCAUUAAUAUCAUAUUUUUAAAGAAUAUCUAUUGCCUUGGGAAAUGCUUACAAUGUACUGUUAAGAAUGCAAAAUAUAAGAUUAUAUGUACAGAGUGAUCCUCAUUUUUAAGAUUACAUAUGUGUGUGUGUAUGUAUAUGUCUGUUCUGCUCUAUUUAAUUAAAACCCAUAUGUUUCCAACACCACAUUAAAAAAAGUUAUUUCAAUAGGAAAAAGUUGAUAAAAUGCUAGAGAAUUUUAGACUCAGAAUAACAAAGGUAUUUUUUCUACAUCAAUUUCAAUAAUUCAUGUUUUUCUGUAGCUAUGAGAGUCUUUUGUUAUUACAAAGAAAAACUAAUAUAUUGGUUGAUCAAAAUGGGUAAAAGCCAAACCAGAUCUCCUCAUUUACUUUGGACCUCCCCUAGUCAGGAGUUCCCCCUCCUCUGUCACCAGUGGCCUUGGUGAACAGCAAAAUAACACCCAGCAGGAAGUCCAGCCAGCCCAGCAAGCCAACGGGUGUCGCUGUGCUUUAUGACGAGCAGCUUUCGGACAGAACUUGGAGGGCCGGUUCCUCCCUGGCAUCCUGUUACAAUCCAUGUGGUACAAACAUGAGCAGUUGUGCCGUGGUUAAUCUGUGUGAUGACAACUUUCACUGCAGAGCAUAUGCGUCUAGGAGCGAGUAGAACAGAAGCUGAAAAGAACAUUUCUGGGUACUUGGAAGGAUUAAGGUGCUUUCUAUCUUCAUCUGUAUUUCUAUAUUUCUGAAUAUUGAUUACCUUUGUAAUAAACAGUAAAAUGUUGUAAAAUUGUAGCCGCUGCUGCCCCCCCAGUUACAGGUAAGUUUCGUCCUGGCUAUUCAACUACUCAUGGUUGGCCCUGGUUACCAUCGCGUGUACGAAAACAUAAUCUCUGCUAAGUAGGCUCUGGGUUUUCAACUUUCCCUAUGGAUGCCCUAGUUCUCUAAAUAAAAGUGGCCUAAUAAUA